CUCAUCGCCAUCAUCCCGAGGUCUGUUAGCUGCAGCCGGGCGACUCUACGAUAGCAGAAGCGCCCAAGGAAGCAUAACUCACACCCUCGCGUCUGGUCAGUCCUUGCAAAACACCACCACCAUGUGCAAGUACAAAUACGUUUUCUUCGAGUGCGGCUGCAUCGCCGGCCGCAUUCGGGACGAGACGUACCCGCCGUGCGGGCUCUCCCCGAGCGACGAGAAUCAGUCGGUUGAUGGCCAUGCCAGCGACCCUCUCUCGUCCGCCUCCGGAGAAACAGAAUCACAGCCGAUCUGCAAGGCGCCGCCGUCGUCCUUUGCUAUCGCGCCCCCCUGCGGCGGCUGCCCAGCCUGGAGAAGAGAGGGCGAGCUGGAGGCGGCCGUGAUAGCGGGCGAGGGCAAGCUGCGCGAGGCCUCGGGCGACGGCGAGCUGGCCAACCGGCACUUUGCCGCCCCGGCCGUCAGCAGCACCACCUCCGCUGCCGCCCCCAUCCUACCGGCGACCGUGGAUGCCGCCAUCCGCGACAACGUCUUCGCCGCCAAGGAGGCGCGGCGCGAUCCGGGCUCGCGGGAGAAGCCGUUCGAGACCGAGGACGCCGAGAUGGUCGAGGGCAGGGCCUUCAGCCUCGCCUCCCGGGUCCGACACGAGGGCGCCGUCAAGAAGCGACUUUUCAUGGCGAAGGGGUACAAGGCCGAGCGCUGGGAGGCGGAAUUCGCGCGCAUCGGGGCCCCCCUGAUGGCCCGUAUAAAGCAGCAGCUCGCCGGAGUGUACAGCGACGAGAAGCCCGCGCAGGGCGGUGCGGCCGAUGCUGCUGCUUCUGCCAAGGCCAAGCGUACCAAGGGCCACAACUGUUGUUACCCCUUUGAUAAAACAAGCACAACUCGGAUCACCAAGUCAGGCCAAAGGUCCAUGGAGCAGGAGGCGAGCGGCAGCGGCAGGGAGCCACACACCAGCUCCCCGGCCAGGAACGCCGGGCCCCAUGGGGGUUCGGCAGGUCGGCCGGCGGAAGCGCUGAGCGAAAAAGCCCGCGGGAAGCGCCCAGAGGGGAGGCGGGACGCAGCACUCGACGACGAGGAGAAAGCGUCGCCGCCGGCUUCACGACAGCCAUCGUCCGCGGGACCUGCCGCCCCGGCGAGCGACGGCCAGCGGAAAGUGUCUCCUACCGCCCGGUGGUCCUCGUCGACCCUGGUGAACCUCUUGGAGAUGGCGGAGCCGUCGAGCGCGCCCCGGCGGCGCGCCUCGCCGUCGGCAAUGCCCUCCUCCAUCCUCCGCAGGCGGGGCGACCCGACGCAGGCAGCAGCUCCCCGGCCAGGGGUGGUGGCGGGCCCGGGCAACCUCGCGAGGCCGAGGCCAGGCCUGCACCAGAUCGACCAGGAACAAUGGCCGGGGCUACCGGUGCUGGCGGAGACGAGCGGCAACGCCUACAUUGGGCACUACGGGCAAGCGUCCGACAGCGAUGAGGAUGACUACUCGGACGAUGAGGACGACGACGAAAAUAACGACGGCUCGGCGCCCGCGGCGUCGUCCCACUUUGCCCGCCGCUCGCCGUGGGGCAGCAGCGCCUACCAGCGCCGCCGGCCGAGGCAGCACGUCCGGCCCGUGACGGCCUUCUCCCUCAGCACGAGCGAGGCGUCGACGCGCGAGAGCACGACGACGGGCUGGCGGCGCGACGGCGGCGGCUACAACGACGACGACGGGGCGGCGGCGGCGACGACGCGGCCCACGACGGACAAGCAGGUGUGCGCGGCGCUACUGCACCGGUGGGAGGCCGGGUGCCGGCGGUUCGAGUGGGCGGCGCGGCGGGCGGGAGCCGACGUGCGCGCCGACGCGGUCGCGGCGAGACGACUGGACGAAACGGGUGAGAGCCUCGAGCUAUUCAAGAGCGAGAUCGCGCGCUUCUGCCACCUGUACGUCGACGGCUUCCUCGACGAGGGCCCGGGCAUCUUCGCCACCCCGUCUGAGUGGGCCGCCCGGGAGGAGAGGUGGUUGCGGUGCCGGGCCGCGCCCGGCGAGGACGUGUCGGCCGAGCUGGCGCGCCGCGCGAGCGCCGUCGACUGGGCCGCCCGAGAGUGGGCGCGCCCCGAGUGCGGCGAGGCGCGGCCUGGCGGCGGUGUCGGUGGCGGCCGCCGCGCCAGGUUCCUCAGCGUCGGGGAGUGGGUCAGGGAGCAGGACCGGGUCCUCGCCGCGGGGGAGCACGUCGAGGUCCAGGGCCGCCGGCGUCAGGAGCCGCGCCGUCGGCAGGUUGUGCGCGAAACCCGGAACGUGGAGGAAGCAGCCGCCGAAAGCGCCGAGGAGGAGGAGGAGGAUCCGUACGGUUGCGACGACGACGACGAGAUACCGCCGGCUGCGGUUGCUGGCGAGUCCAGCGCCUCGGCGGCGCGCAAGGACAAGCGGGACUGUUCGUCCGCCGAUCACGACACGUCCACCAAGCCGACGGUAGGGACGACGUCGAACUCGGCGGGGCCCACCACCGGCGUCAGCAUCAAGCAGGGAUGGCGGGAAGCAGCCAACGCCUCCCGGACUUGCUACUGA